CAGCAGAAAGAAUCUGCAAGCAACCAUGCGGCUGGAUUCGCUGAGUGCGCGGCUGAGCGCCGUGGUCUGUGGGCUCCUGCUUCUCCUUGUCCUGGGCACAGGACGGGACUCUGCCAGCCCCAUCCAGACAACGCACACGGGGCAGGUGCAGGGGAGCCUUGUCCAUGUGAAGGGCACCGAAGUGGGAGUCCACACCUUCCUGGGAAUUCCCUUUGCCAAGUCGCCCUUGGGGCCACUGCGGUUUGCACCCCCUCAGCCCCCUGAACCGUGGAGUGGUGUGAGGGAUAGGACUUCCCACCCAGCCAUCUGUUUGCAGGAUCAUGCUACAAUAGAAAAGAUGAUGCAGAACCUGUUGUAUAGAACCCUGCCUUUCACCCACAUGUCUGAAGACUGCCUGUACCUCAAUGUCUACACACCUGCCCACACCCGCGAGGGCAUCAACUUGCCUGUGAUACCUAUGCCUCAAUUUCCCUGGGUGAUGGUGUGGAUCCACGGCGGUGGGCUCAUGUUGGGCAUGGCCUCUAUGUAUGAUGGCUCUGCCUUGGUGGCCUUCGAGGAUGUGGUGGUGGUCAUUAUCCAGUACUGCCUGGGUAUCCUGGGUUUCUUCUGCACUGGAGACAAGCAUGCAACUGGCAACUGGGGCUACCUGGACCAAGUGGCUGCACUGCGCUGGGUCCAGCAGAAGAUCGCCCAUUUUGGAGGUGACCCUGGCCGUGUCACCAUUUUUGGUGAGUCUGCAGGUGGCACAAGUGUGUCCUUACAUGUCCUGUCCCCUAUGUCCCAAGGACUCUUCCAUGGUGCCAUCAUGGAGAGUGGUGUGGCCGUGCUGCCUGGCCUCAUUGCCAGCUCAUCUGACGUGGUCUCCACAAUGGUGGCCAACCUGUCGGCCUGUGGCCAGGUGGACUCAGAGGCUCUGGUGAGCUGUCUGCGGGACAAGAGUGAAGAGGAGAUUCUGGCCAUCAACAAGCCCUUCAAGAUCAUCACAGGCAUGGUGGACGGGGUCUUCCUCCCCAGGCACCCCCAGGAGUUGCUGGCCUUUGAUGACUUUCAGCCUGUACCCAGUAUCAUCGGUGUCAGCAAUGAUGAGUACGGCUGGCUUAUCGCUACGAGCAUAGGCAUCUCUGAUAACCAGGAAAUGGAAAGACAGACCAUACAGGCUAUCCUGCGGAAUAUGUCAGCACUGACGACAAUGCCUCCUGAGGUUGGCGACCUGAUGGGGAACAGUAGUGACCCCCAGACCCUCUGAGCCCAGUUCCAUGAGAUGAUGGGGGACUCCAUUUUCGUGAUUCCUGCCCUCCAAGUAGCAAAUUUUCAGCAUGAGUAUGUCUGUUCCCAUGCCCCUGUCUACUUCUACGAGUUCCAGCAUCAGCCUAGCUUCUUUAAGGACAUCAAACCACCCUAUGUGAAGGCAGACCAUGGUGAUGAGAUUCUUUUUGUCUUCGGAUCUUUCUCGUGGAACAGCUGCAUUGAAAUCACUGAGGAGGAGAAGCUGCUGAGCACGAAAGUGAUGAAGUACUGGACCAACUUUGCUUGAAAUGGGAACCCCAAUGGCAAGGGUCUGCCCCACUGGCCCAUGUUUGACCAGGAGGAGCAAUACCUGCAGCUGAACAUGCAGCCCACGGUGGGCCGGGCCCUAAAGGCCCAUAGGCUCCCGUUCUGGACGAAGACCCUGCCCCAGAAGAUCCAGGCACUAAUGGAGGCCAAGGAGAAGCACACAGAGCUGUAG